CUCUGAAUAAUAUUUUAGAUAGCUAGGAUGGGAAAAACUGCUCUGCUCGUUUUGGUUGCGGCAAUAACUAUGAUCAAAUGCGUACUGAACUCUAAAUGUACCAGACAAGGUGGAUAUUGCUCAGAAUCAGAUACAUGUACCUCAUUAGGAGGUCAUGUUGAAAAAUUGUGUGCAAUGUGCAAGUGCGGCAAGGCAUGUUGCAAAUGUACUGACACAUGUCCUGAUGGUUCUACAUGUAUGAGUGAAGGUGAAACCUGUGAUGGAAAAAAAGAAAAAAGCGAUUGUUGUGGCAACAGGUUUUGUUGUACACCUCCUACUACCACACAAUGUGUAAUAAAUUGUGAUGGCAAUUGUAUGGAGGAUUGUUCCGCCACACAUUUAGAAAGUAUUGGAGAGUGCUGUGGAUGGAAAUGCUGCACGUAAUGGAUAUAAGAAGAUGUGGUAUGAUCAUUUCAGGGCUGGAUAAUUCUGUUCUGAACCAUGGAGCCAACAGAACACAAAUUCAUCUGAAAAUAUCUACACUGAUAAUAAAAUAUAUAAUUGUUUAAUGCUGUUUAUUGUGCGUAUAACAAAUGUUUCUUGAAUAAUUAUCGAGAUCAGGAAACAACAUGGAUAAUUAAAACCUUAAAUGCUGAAGCACAAAACGGUUGAUCUCGUUAUUGAAGUAAAGGAGAUGAACAAGAUACAAACGGAAUAUUUUUAAAAAAUGCAUAAAUCCCAGCGAUUGUGUAUAUGGGAGGAUAGUAUUAUGUCGAUUGCAACGUUUUGUGUGUAUUGUUAUGAUGCAGACUUGUUUUCUCUGAAUUUGAACAUGUGAAGUGGUUUCAGCACUUAGGCCCUUUUGAGGCUAUCGCAUGUUGACCUCCUGCAGCGUAUAUUUUCAACUUCUGUGAAA